CCCCCCCCCCCAUCCCCGGUGUAAUAUUUAUCACAGACAUGCCUGCCAAGCCAAUAGCCAACCUCUUCUGGACACAGGAGGCGGUAUCGAAGGCAAAUCAAACCAAUGAGAACCCUGGCUCCUGCACCUCUCCCCGCUCCUUCCCGUCAGCGUUCUACUAGAGAGAAAAGGCCUUAGGAAGAGGCCUCCGGCCUCGGCCCCGUUAAACCCCAGGGGCUGAGGCUGGGGCUCUGAGGAUGGUGUGUACAUUCCAGUGGCUGGAGUGGAGACGGACCAUAGCUCAUCUGUCCUGCCUUCUGUGAAGGUGCAGCCAUGUCUGUGAUGAUAGCAAGAAAGAAGGUGACGCGGAAAUGGGAGAAGCUGCCGGGAAGGAAUACAUUCUGUUGUGAUGGGCGGGUCAUGAUGGCCCGACAGAAGGGAAUCUUCUAUCUGACAUUGUUCCUCAUUGUGGGGACGUGUACCCUUUUCUUUGCAUUUGAAUGUCGCUACCUUGCUGUUGAGCUCUCCCCAGCCAUCCCUGCCUUUCGCCAUGUGGUUCCUAUCUCCCUGUUUUGCAGUAUGGCCACGGCUUUUUUUUAAGGGACAAGCUUCAGCUUGCACCCUGGGGUCGCCCAUCGAGCCCUGGCCGAUGAGGCAGCUUUCAUUGAGCUGGAGAUUGAGGCAACCAAUGGAACGGUGCCUCCAGGCCAGCGGCCGCCACCACGCAUUAAGAACUUCCAAAUCAAUAACCAGAUAGUGAAGCUGAAGUACUGCUACACUUGCAAGAUCUUCCGUCCGCCCCGUGCCUCACACUGCAGCAUUUGUGAUAACUGUGUGGAACGAUUUGAUCACCACUGUCCCUGGGUAGGGAACUGUGUUGGGAAGAGGAACUACCGUUACUUCUACCUCUUCAUCCUUUCCUUGUCUCUACUCACCAUCUACAUCUUCUCCUUCAACAUCGUCUAUGUUGCCCUGAAAUCUCUGCAGAUUGGCUUUUUGAAUACUCUGAAAGAAACCCCAGGGACGGUCCUGGAGGUUUUGAUCUGCUUCUUUACUCUGUGGUCCGUGGUGGGCUUAACUGGCUUCCACACUUUCCUGGUAGCACUGAAUCAGACAACUAAUGAAGAUAUCAAGGGUUCCUGGACUGGGAAGAAUCGUGUGCAGAAUCCCUAUAGCCAUGGCAACAUCAUGAAAAACUGCUGUGAAGUUUUGUGUGGACCCUUGCCUCCCAGUGUACUAGAUAGACGGGGUAUCUUGCCACAAGAGAUUACAGCCCAAGAGGGCAGCAACGGGCUGGAACUGAGAACGCAGGUGGAAAGGAGCACAGAAGAACCCAGUGCCCAGGAUGCUACUGCUGCCCCAGGAGAGGGUUGUGCCCUGACGGAGGAGAGUGCACUUCCUGUGCCAACGUGCCAAGUGCCACAAGAAAUGGAGCAGCAACCUGCUGCUCUGGAGCAGCCUGUGCCAUCUAUGGAUCAUGAGCAGUCAGCACAUUAGCCUCCAGAGUGGGCAUGAACACUGCUUUUGUUUUGGCUGACUCUGCGUGGAGCUGCAGGGGGAACAAGGAUGGGGACAGCUGGGCAAACGAUGGCCUUCCAGUUCCCCUUUGGCUGUUUGUUCAUCCGUGGUGAUAACCAGUGUCUACCAGCCGGACCUGAAGGAUGCCUACACUCCCUUUCUAAUGGAUGCUGAGCACCCCUUGUGCUGCUGAGAGCCUCCCCCCCUCAAGAGGCCCCUGCUGCUGGCUGGGGCAGGGUCUUCUCCCCCCGUCUUCAGUCUACGGCUCUAAGUGGAGCGCCUCUCCGGUCCCAUCCUGAGACUGCUGAAGCGUGAAGCCCGCUGAGAAGGAAAGACUUGGCCAGCCGUGUUCUGUCCCGUUUUUCUGCUUGUGGUUGCAGAAUUGCCUGUUGUUUGAAUCGGAAUGACUUUUCACGUGGAGCCGGGUUGUUGGUGGGAAGCACAGACAACCAGCUGCACAAGCAGGACCCUGUAUAAAUGUUCCCUGACAACCAGUGCCCUACGGGAGCUGGGUGCCCCCGGUGGUCCACAGGCACAACAUAGUCAGAAGGUGGAACUCAGAGUCGUUUGUGGUCUUGGCCCCCUCUGUUGAUUAUAUCGGAAAUCUGUGGUGCAGUUUGUAUUCUCCCCAUGUGACUUUUCGUCUCUUGUCAUUCAUUGCUCCCCACCCAUGUUUCUCUUGAAUUGGCUAGCACUUCAGUCAUGGCUGCUGAAAAGAUGGGUGGGCCCCCGAGGUUGCAAUGCUGCAAGAGAGCCAAGAGUGUUUUUUUUAAAGAGCAGGAGCCAUCAUUGUACAGGUGUGUAGAAGAUGCAAGUUCUGCCUCAAGGCCUGUAAAUCUCGGCACUUGGCAUUCAGUGCCAAGAGAUCCUCUAGGAAUCGCCUGGCUCUAUGGUAACUGCUCUUUUAUCCUCCAACCCACUGCCUGUAUAUAUGUUGCAGGGGUCUGACUAAAACUAGGGCUGUCUGGGGAGUCUCCCUGUUUGAGGCAGAGAUGCCAGAUGCCCCAAAAGGGUGGCUAAUCAGGUUUCCUUCUGUGCCAUUCAGAUUGUCUCCUUGUUCGUGGAGAUGAACUCCAUAGUGAAACUGCAUGGGGCUAUGUUUCCUGGAUUGUGCCAUACAGACUUUUGACGAGGAGCUAUGUUUGCGUGCUCACGCACAAAGGAAACCCUAAACAUCCUAACUUUAUCAUGCCGAUGGACUCCAGAACCCUGACAUGCUGCUUUCCCAUGGGAGCGAGGCUCUUUUUUCCCCACAGAGGAAUAUUCAAAAAAGUACUUCCCCCUCCCCCGCCAGCUUCUCUGAAUGGCACAACCCAACCCCCUUUUUAAUUCUGUGUGUUUGGUGCAGCUGUCACGAAGUAGAAUGGCUGUUCCAUCUUCCUUGAGGGGUGUAGAUAAUUGCCAGUCUUUUCUCUCUGUAAAGGUUCUACCUUUUCCAAGAUGCAGACUGUUGGUGAAAGAAAGGGAACUGGUAAUAGCUUCUUGGCUUCCCAGAGCCCUGAACUGAAACCUGAAUCAAGCCAGCAAUGUCUCAAUUAAUGUCCUACUUGUUUCAGCGGCGUGAAAUCCAGCUCUUCUUGGGCCAAGGGGCCCCCCCCCCCCCCCCCCCCCCCCGGCCUCCCACAGUGCUUCUCUGCCUUGGUUCUCUCUUUGUGGAGGAAGGAUCAGAGAGUGUUUCCAGCCUUCCCCCUGCCAUUGGUAUGGGACUGCUGGGUUGCCACAGAGUGGGGUCUGUGUGACAUCAUCUUGCCUGCUGCACAUGCUGAGAGCCAGGAGCAGGCAGAUGCACAUCCAGCAGUGUUCCAUAGCCUUUGUAUUGCCCUCCUUCCUGUGUCAAGGGCAGAGGCUUCCGCCAAUCUCCCCCUGUGAUUGACCAAACCUCACCAGUGUUGCAGCAGUCUUGUUUGGGGUAUAUUUUUUAAUCUACCGUGUCAGAUUGCUCCAGGGAGCAGGAUGAUCCCAGCUGCCUUGAGGCUUCGGUGUGUUCCUCUGAUCUCAAUGAAGGCUUUGGAAUUUGUUUCAA